AUGGCGAUGAGCUUGCGCUUGAGUCCCGGGCCCCACAGCCUGUGGGACGAGCCGCUGGUCAUCUCCGUGCACGGUCUGGCCCCGGCCCAGCCGGUCACCCUGCGCGCCUCCCUCCGCGAUGAGAAACGGGAACUCUUCCAGGCCUCGGCCCGCUACCAGGCGGACGCGGGCGGCCAGCUCGACCUGGCGCGGGCGCCCGCCCUGGGGGGCAGCUACAGCGGCGUGGAGCCCAUGGGGCUCUUCCGGACCCUGCGGUCCGAGACACCCAGUGAAAGGCUGGUGAAGCGGGACGUGCAGACCCCUUUCCUCGUGGACCUGAAGGUGUACGAGGGUCACGACCCCCAGCCCACCAAGGUGUUGGCACAGGUGGUCCACGAGCGGGGCUUCCUGGGGCCGGGGGUGAAGAGGAUCCCGGUGCGAGAGGGCAGCGUGAGGGCCACCCUCUUCCUGCCUCCAGGAGCAGGGCCUUUCCCAGGGAUCAUUGACCUGCAUGGAACUGGAGGUGGUCUCUGUGAAUACAGAGCCAGCUUGCUGGCUGGACAUGGUUUUGCUGUGCUUGCUUUGGCUUAUUUCAGAUUUGAAGAUCUCCCCAAAGAGUUGACUGAUCUACAUCUGGGAUAUUUUGAAGAGGCCCUAGAUUACAUGUUGCAGCAUCCAGAGGUGAAAGGCCCAGGCAUUGGGCUGCUUGGAUUCUCCAAAGGGGGUGACUUGUGUCUUUCCAUGGCCUCCUUCCUGAAAGGUGUCACAGCCACUGUGCUUAUAAAUGCCUGUGUGGCCAACACACUGAUCCCACUGCACUAUAAGGAAAUGACCCUUCUUAAUAUUGGACAUGAUCUGGAAAGACUCAAGAUCACUGAGUCAGGCCUUGUAGACCUUGUGGAUAUUUGGAAUAACCCAUUAGAAAAGCUCAACUGCCAAAGCCUCAUCCCAAUAGAAAAGGCCCAGGGGCCUUUCUUGUUCAUUGUUGGUCAAGACGACCACAACUGGAAGAGUGAAUCCUAUGCAUAUAUAGCCUCUGAACGACUACAGUCUCAUGGUAAAGAAAAACCUCAGAUCAUCUGUUAUCCAAACACUGGGCACUGCAUUGACCCCCCUUAUUUUCCUCCAUGUUUAAUGUCUGUGCAUAGGAUGGUGGGCCAAGAAGUGUUCUGGGGAGGUGAGUCAAAGGCUCAUUUCAUGGCACAGGUGGACAUUUGGGAACAAAUUCAAACAUUCUUCCAAAAAUACCUCAAGGGUAAAGACUCUACUUUCCAUAACAAACUGUAGCAUUUUGAUCUUAGGACCGCCAUUGUUCUGGGCUGGGCCCGAUAUAAGCCAAUCUUCUGUUAAUGUAUGUAUAUUGGAACACAAAGACCUGAGUUCAAAUCUGGCCUCAGACACUUGCUAGCUGUGUGGCCCUAGGCAAGUCACUUAACCUUG